GUCGUCUGCCGUUUGCAAGGCACGCCGCACGAUAAAUAUACCGAACCGUCCGCUGGUCUUUUUGCCUUUGACUUUUCGUAAAUUAUUUUUACGAAAUGUCAGGCCCUAAAUCAAACGAGCUAACAAAGCUAUUGUACAAAUUUCCAAAACCAAAUCGUUGGCAACAAGGUAUUGGUGCUGAAUUACCAGAAGCCUAUAAGAAAUUUUGGAAAGAAUGGAAACUCGACAGGCCAAAACCUGUACAUUGGAUAGAUAAAGAAGGCAAAUAUGAAAGAUGGACGGAUGGCACUAUUCGACCUAUACAAAAUGUAGAUAUUCCCCUUAAAUACCCCAAAGAACUUGAUAAAGGAAUAUGGGGUGGAGAAGCUGUAAUUCAAGGAAUGAUGAAACCUAAACAUAAAAAACGUAGAUACGUACAUUAUUGGGUACCACAAUUAAAAAGAUCAGUUGUAUACAGUGAAAUACUCAAUAAGUAUAUGAAUACCAUUGUUACUGACAGGACUUUAAACUUGAUUCACCAGCACUAUGGAUUUGACCAUUAUAUUUUAUCUACAAAAGCUUGUGACUUGAGAUCGUUGUUAGCAUUAAAUUUAAAACGUAAUAUGCUGAUUGCUUUGUACGAUAAAACUCUAUACCCUGAUGAUCCUGUCAAGCAAGAAGAAGUAUAUGAAAAAUACAAGCACUACACUGAAGGAUAUACUAGAGAAGAAAUAGAAUGGUAUGGUUACAGUUAUGAGGAAGCUUGUAAAAUGUUAAUGCUCAAUAAGAAAAAAAGUAUGGUAACUGUACCACUAAAAGUUAAAUUUAGAGAAGAACUCAUUCAGAUGCUCAAAGAAGAAAAACUAGAACUUGUUAAAGAUGAAGAGCCAGUUGAAAGCGAACCAAAAUCAUGGUUGUCAAAAUUGAAUAUAUUCAAAAGUAACAGCAAUAAAUCAGCAACUGAAUAAGUAGAUAUAUUUAUUUGUUAUGUUUGUAAAUAAAGUUGGUAAAAGACAAUAGAAAUUAAAUACAUGAAACAUUGAAAUAAAUAGAAUAUUUAUUACAACAUAA